UAAGUACGCCAUAUUGUUAAAGUAGAAAUGAAAUAUUUUAAAGAACAUCAAAGUAAUUUGGUAGGGAAAUGAAGUGAAGAAAUAAACAAACAUGUUUCGUUGUUAAUAUAUUUAACAUCAAGGAAGCAGUAAAAUUAAACAAUGGACGGGGGUAUGUUAGCAUUACAACCUGGUGGUAGAAUGCAACCUGGUCCAGUAACCAGAAUGUUCCCUCCACCAUCCAAUAAUAUAGCAGUCAUGAAUCAGCCACCACCAUCUAAUUUUCCACCACCUCAAAAUAUAGCUAGUCAACAACCACAACAACAACAACAACAACCUGGCAAACAACAACAGUAUGUAAGUCAAGUACGUCAACAACUUAUAGCUAACCAGGGUAUGCUGUUUGAUGGUAAACGUAUGAGAAAAUCUGUCAAUAGAAAAGUGGUUGACUAUAAUUCAUCAGUAUUUAAUUACAUCAAGAAUCGUGUAUGGCAAAGAGAUUAUCGAGAUGUUCGUGCAGUCCAACCAGAUGGCUUAUAUCAAACAAAUUUGAUGCCUCCAAUCAGCACACUUAAUAAUCCAAUGAAUUGUGUAACAACCAAAUUCGUGAGACAGUCCACAAAUAAGUUUCGAUGUCCUAUAUUUGUUUUAACGUGGACACCAGAAGGUAGAAGAUUGGUAACUGGAGCUUCCAGUGGAGAGUUUACAUUAUGGAAUGGUUUAUCUUUUAAUUUUGAAACCAUUUUACAGGCCCAUGAUGUUUCUGUACGAGCCAUGCAGUGGAGUCAUAAUGAUCAAUGGAUGGUAACGGCUGAUCAUGCUGGCUUUAUUAAAUAUUGGCAGACUAACAUGAAUAAUGUAAACAUGUACCAAGGUCACAAGGAAGCUGUUCGUGGGAUAAGUUUUUGCCCCUCAGACAGUAAAUUUACGACAUGUUCAGAUGAUGGUACUGUGCGUGUGUGGGAUUUUGUUCGCUGCCACGAAGAAAGGAUAUUACGAGGUCAUGGUUCAGAUGUUAAAUGUGUUGAUUGGCAUCCACAGAAGACAUUAAUAGCUUCUGGUAGUAAAGAUAAUCAACAACCUUUAAAAUUGUGGGAUCCUAGAACUGGAAACAGUUUAGCUACAAUACAUGCCCAUAAGAAUACAGUAAUGAAUCUACAGUGGAAUAGAAAUGGUAAUUGGUUAUUAACAGCUUCUAGGGAUCAUUUAUUAAAAAUAUUUGAUAUUAGAAAUAUGAAAGAAGAAAUGCAAGCUUUUAAAGGUCAUAAAAAAGAAGCUACAGCUGUCGCAUGGCACCCUAUACAUGAAGGUUUAUUUGCUAGUGGAGGGUCUGAUGGUGCCAUCAUGUUUUGGAUGGUUGGAUGUGAUCGUGAAGUUGGUAGUAUGGAAGAAGCUCAUGAAGGAAUGGUAUGGUCUUUAGCCUGGCAUCCAAGUGGUCAUAUUUUAGCAUCUGGAUCUAAUGACCACUCAACGAAAUUUUGGACAAGAAAUCGUCCUGGUGAUAGAAUGAGAGAUAGGUAUAAUUUAAAUAAUCUGCCGUCUGGUAUAGAACAAGAGUUAUUAGACUUUGAUUUGGAACCACAAGCAUUUCCUAGUCUACCUGGUAUGGGUCUUGAACAUGGGCUUCCAGAACAUCUUAAAGCUAAAUCAGAAGAAGAUGAAUUGCCAAGUAUUCCUGGAUUAGAUUGGGGAGCAGAUGCAGAAAUAUUCAGACAAAUGGAAGCUGCUAAUCAACCCAGAAAGAAAAUUCCUUACGCUAGACCUAUACCAAGAUCAUUUGAACAGGCUUGGGCUGGGAAAAUCCCAAUGCCUAUUGAGGAUCGAGGACAUGAAGAUAGGAGAAGUGACAGAGGCAGGCCUGAUGAUAGUCCUGGUGGCAGACGGCAUGGUUCUAGACGUGAUGAAAGUGAUGAAGACUCUGGGUCACGCAGACGGCGAGACCGGCACAGAGGAAGAGAUUCAGAGGAUCGACAUAGAGACAGAGGGAGACGUGACCGCGACAGGGAGGAUCGUAAUGCAAAUAAAAAAAAUAUUCCUAGUCUGAUGGAUGAAACUCUCUUUGUACCACCUCCGGCAAAUCUUGGUAGUGUUGAGAUGGCAGGUCCUGGAAAAAGGGAAGGUCCCCAAGGCAGUAUGGGAGGACCUCAAGGAAAUAUGGGUGGUCCUCAAGGAAUUAUAGGAGGACCUCAAGGAAAUAUGGACGGACCUCAAGGAAAUAUGGGUGGUCCUCAUGGAAAUAUGGGAGGACUUCAAGGAAUGAUGGGAGGACCUCAAGGAAUGAUGGGAGGUCCUCAAGGAAUGAUGGGAGGACCUCAGAGAAACAUGGGAGGACCUCCGAGAAACAUGGGUGAUCAGCAAGCCAAAAUGAGUGGACCUCCAGGAAUUAUGGUUGGACCUCAAGGAAAUAUGGGUGGGCCUCAAGGAAAUAUGGGUGGCGUUCAAAGAAAUAUGGGUGGACCUCAAGGAAAUAUGGGUGGACCUCAAGGAAAUAUGGGUGGACCUCAAGGAAAUAUGAGUGGACCUCAACCAAAUAUGGGAGGACUAGAAGGAAAUAUGGCAGGACCUCAAGGAAAUAUGGGCGGACCUCAAGGAAGUAUGGGAGGUCCUCAAGGAAGUAUGGGAGGCCCUCAAGGAAAUAUAGGGGGACCUCAAGGAAAUAUGGGUGGUCCUCAAGGAAAAAUCGGUGGCUUCCAAGGAAAUAUGGGUGGUUUUCCAGGGAAUAUGGGAGGACCUCAAGGAAAUAUGGGAGGUCCGCAAGGAGUUGAACCGAAUAUGCGAAGUGAUCAAUUUCAAUCAAAUUUUAACCAAGGAAUGCAAGGCAAUGAUGACACAAGAGGAAACUGGAAUCAGAAAAAUCCAGGAAAUAACAGAGCAAAUAGAAAUUUGGACCGACAGAGUGUACCCCGACCAUAUGGUAAUCAAAGUGAUAGUGAUUUUAGGAAAAAUGCAGAUAAAGACUUCCGAAAUCAAAGGAACAUUGGUGGUAAUCAGGACAACAGAGGUGGACAGCAGUGGAAUAAUGACAAUUUUAGUGGAUCUGAGGAUCAAGAUUUAAGACAUAAUUCACGUGAUCAGGAUUUUAGGCAGCAAAACUUUAAUCAACGUCCAGACGGAAUCGAUCAAGAUCUGAGACGCGAUAUGGAUUUCCGACAAAGUAGACGAGGGGGAGAUCGAGAUAUCCGUCAAGGUCACACUGAUAACUAUGGUGAUGACAACCCAGAUUCUGAUAAUCAAUGGCAAAAUAAUGCUCGUCCCUUUUCUGGUCAAAAUCUAGGUGGAGGUGGGAAUUCUGAUCGUGGUAACCGCACAUCAAGAGGUCAAGAUCAUGGAAAUUUCGGUAAUUCUGGGCGGGACAGAGGUAGAGGUUCUUCCUUUGAUCAAGGUAUGAGUGAUAGUCCAAUGGGCCAAUCAAGAAAGCGUGGCUUUGAUGAUGGUCCAGGUGGUAUGUAUGGUGAUGUGGAUAAUAAAAUGUCUGGAUCAAAUGAUCCGCGAUCCAAAUUCAGCCGAUCACGCGGAAACUGGCAGGAUAAUCAAGAUGAUUCCUUUAAUAACCAAUCACAAGAUUUCUCUCCUCAAGCUAGAGGUGGAUUCCGUGGAAGUCCAAGAGGACGAGGUAAUGAUCGAGGUAGAGGUGGAGACCGAGGACGUGGAGGUAGGGGAGGGAGAGGGGGAGGGGGGUUCCGGGGUGGUAGAGGAAAUAGAGGCAGAUAGAAAAAUUUAUGUGCUGAAAAGUAAUUAACAUUUGUUAUAAUGUCAUGGAUUAGAAUAGAAAAAGACUGAAGGUUUCUAGAUGUUGAUUAUUACCGUGGUGCAUUUAUGUUCAGUACUUUGAUACAUGAACUAAAGACAGGAUUAUAAAUAUGAGGACUGGAUACUGACUGUAUGAUGUUAAAGCUAUGUAAAUAUUAACAAAUUAUUGUGUAUAAGGACAUCUUGUACUGUUGUAAAAUGUGCUCUGGACUUACGUGUAUUGUAAAUCUACUUUAUACGUAUGUCUUCACUUGUGUUAUAAACUUCCUUUGUCGAGGGAACUUAUCAUACAAGUAUAAACUAUAUGCCUUGCCGUACGCUGUAAAAUAUUAUCAGAUUGGGCCUACUUGUUACUUUCAUCGUACAUGACACCAUCAAAACAAAAUCUAUGACUAUUUGAACAGCUACCUGGUUUCAUUAAUGUGCUUUGGACUGUAUAAUAACUUGCUUUUGUCAGACUCAUUAAUCUGAUGUAAGCAAUAUUUUUAAUUGCAUGUGCGAUUGUGAAUAAAGUUUUGGUCUGAAUUCGUGAAUUGUGUAUCUUGUAAAGAAAGGAAUUGAAAAUUAAUAAGAAGAAUUUAAUGUGUUGAUAUUUGUAUAGGACUGUAUCUGAAUCAAAGAUACAUGAUGUAUCAUUCAAACACUUUAUUUCGUAAACUCAUGUGUAUGCGCUUUUCUUGGAUUAGCUCAUUCUGAAACACCAGCAGAUUGUUAUUGAUAUCGCACAUUUAACAUGGACCAUGGAUGUCACUGAACUAGAUAUAAUAGUUUUGUUUCCAACAUUUUUCAAAGGUAGCAAUAUAUCAAAACAUCUGUGCUUCAUGAAAAAAAAUCAUUCAUUUUCAUUUUAAAUAACAAUUUUGUUUCAUGUCUGGCAUCUUUUUGGUUCUAAAAUGUUCAGCCGUUUUAUUUUAAAUUAGUUUCAAUAGUAUCAAAAUGUUCUAAGUUAUAAAGAUUAUUAUUUCAAUUCACUAGAUUAAAAGAUUUAAAAUAAUUUAUUUUAUUACAAAAGGAUGAUAAUUAUUGAAAAAGAAAUUAAUUGUCUGUCUGUAUUAUAUUUAAUUCAUCUACAUUAACCUUUAUUGUAUAAGUUCAUACUGAUUGCUGUAUAUUAAAUCCAAUUGAACAAUAAACUGGUUGCUCAAACAAAUUAAAUCAUUAAUUCAUGACAAAUGUACUUCAGAUUAAAAUGUCAGAAUAAAGAGUAAAAGAAAAACCCAGGUUUC